CCCGGGCAGUGUGGGGCCAGACUGGCUGCGCGCUGCCGGAGCGCGUUCUCCGAAGAAGGCUCCCUGCCUCCCGCGCCCCAGCCAAGUAAGAAGAGUGAUUUCUCACCAGAACAACCUCUCAAAGAGAAGACAUUGCCAGAAUUUUGAGUAGUUUAUUUGGACAAACAUUUCUCCAAGGAGGAUAGCGCUCUGCCCCCAUGCCACCACCUUUGAAGGACUGACUGACUCCAUCAGCUGGUGCCACCUCUGACUCCUGCCAUGGGGCCCUCCGGGAGCGUCCUGAGCAGCGGACAGAUGCAGCUUGUCCUGUGGGGAUGUUUGGCAGCUGUUGCCACAUUCUUCCUCAUCACCUUCCUCAUCUUCCUCUGCUCCAGUUGCGACAGAGAAAAGAAACCAAGACAACACAGUGCAGACCAUGAGAACCUGAUGAAUGUGCCUUCAGACAAGGAGAUGUUCAGCCAUUCGAUUACUAGCCUGGCCACAGACGCCCCCGCCAGCAGUGAGCAGAACGGGGUGCUCACCAAUGGUGACAUUCUUUCAGAAGACAGUAGUAUGACCUGUAUGCAACAUUAUGAGGAAGUCCAGACAUCAGCUUCAGAUCUGCUGGACUCCCAGGAUAGCACCGGGAAGCCAAAGUGCCAUCAGAGCCGGGAACUACCCAGAAUCCCUCCUGAUAGUGGCGUGGACGUCAUGCUCAAUGCCAGUGCAGAUGUAGACCAGGGCGUUGGGAUGGAAGGACCCUAUGAAGUGCUCAAAGAUAGCUCCUCCCAAGAAAACAUGGUGGAGGACUGUUUGUAUGAAACCGUGAAAGAAAUUAAGGAGGUGGCCGCAGCUGCACCCUCGGGGAAAGGCCACAGCAGCAAGUCAAAGUCCAGUUCAGCUUUGAAAGAGCUUCCGGGAUCCCAAGCUGAUGGCAAAGCAGAUUUUGCUGAAUAUGCCUCCGUGGACAGAAAUAAGAAGUGUCGACAAAGUGCUAAUGCAGAGAGCAUUCUUGGAAAUUCAUGUGAACUGGAAGAGGAGGCCCCACCACCUGUCCCUGUGAAACUUCUGGAUGAGAAUGAAAACCUCCAGGAGAAUGAAGAGAGAAAGGCAGCAGAAGGAGGAGCCACAGAGGCAGCCGGGGAACCCAACAAGAGAUUUAGUUCAUUGUCAUACAAAUCCCGAGAAGAAGACCCGACUCUCACGGAAGAAGAGAUCUCAGCCAUGUAUUCAUCAGUAAAUAAACCUGGACAGUCAGGGACUAAAUCAAGACAGUUGCUUAAAUCACCAGAGUCCACCUACACCUCCAUUCAAGGAGCCACUCAGAGACCCCCUUCUUCCUGUAACGAUCUCUAUGCCACUGUUAAAGACUUUGAGAAAACUCCCAACAACGUCAGCACUGUUUCACCAGCAGGGAAACCCAGUGGAGAGCUGGAGCCCGAGCCGGAUUAUGAAGCAAUACAGACUCUAAACAGAGAAGAGGAAAAGGCAGCUCUGGAGACCAAUGGCCACCACGCCCUUUUCCCAAAGGAGAAUGACUACGAGAGCAUUGGGGAUUUGCAGCAAGGCAGAGAUAUCACCAGACUCUAGCAACCCUGAAGACAACCCCAGAUAACAUGCACUCAGCUGGCUAAGGACAUUUUUUCCAUGGAAGAUAAGGAGCACUAUCAACCUAUAAUUCAUAAUGCUGCUUUAGUAAACUGAAGGCAGCUGGAGCUGCCUUGACCUUUUUCCAGUUUCAGACAUAAUGAGGUACGCACCUGGCUGCACCUUUGGGUGCCCCUGCCUCUGCUUGCCAGAGGCAGGGGCACCCUGGCUCAUCCAGCACAUCUUCCUCAUGUACCCUCGCCAUCGGGAAAGGUCCCACCUGUCAGUGGCUCACCCUGUUAGCGAGGAAAGCCAAGAUGAAAGGAAGAACUACACUCAUCAAGAACCACACUCCACCUGCCUAAAAUACUGCCAUUCUGAAAAGCCAGGUUUUUUUAAGUUCUCCCUUUUGCUGUCAGCUACUAACAUAAAAAUGGAUGGAGGCUGUUUCCCUUAAACUCUGCCAGUUUCUAAUGGUUCAUUCCAAGGAGAUGCUCCCUUUGCCUUCAAAUACAUGUUUUAUGAUGGUUAAAACAUACGGUUGUUGGUUCCCAUCAGCUCAGUCAUCCUCUUCAGAGAGCUGCACAGGAGUCCCAAUUCUGCAGGUGGACAGAUUGGGGACACCCAACCUGGGGUUUUUAGGUCUCCUUCCUUCUGGUUCUGGCACUCCACCUCAACAGCCUCCCCCAAAAUACUUGAAGUCAUUUUUAGAUGCUUUAUUUUAUUUUUCUAAUCAAAAUGGUUUUUCCCCAGUAUUUGAAACUUUCAGAGCCUUUUCAGUAUUUUCAUAUGGAAUAUUGUGGUACUUCACUACUUGUUUCAGCCCAGAGCUCAUUCCUCCGAAACAGAGAGCCUUAAUCUCUAUGUUGGGACGCAGACUACAUCAUGUGGCAGCAGCCUGGGGUCUGUCUUUGAAGGGCUGUGGACUUGAAUAUGUAUUUCUGAUGAUCUCCACUGCCUUCUACCAGUGUGGGAUUUCACAAGUU